UUUAAACAUUUUUAAUCUAUGUUUUAAUCUUUGUAUAAAUUUAAUAUGCUAAUUAAGAAUCUAGCAAUGCUGAUAAAUUUAUAUAUUUGUAUACAAGUCCGAGGUAGCUCGCAACAGGUUACAAAUGCAAAAAUAAGCAUUAACAGCAGGCAAAAGUUGAAUAUCUCGAGGUCUGGAGUAUCAGCAUCGUAUAUCAAUGCAUCUACAUCCACUAAUCCCUUUAAUACUUGGUCUUCAAGCCCUGAACCAACCAAUUUACGAGGCAGAUUCCACAGUACUGUACAAAAUGGCAAAACACCUAGGAGUUUCUCAAGUUCUCUUUCUGCAAGUUCGAUUCCAGGGAUGAAGAACAACUAUGAAGGCGUUUGCGAGACAUAUGCUGGAGAGCUAUGUGCACAAUUUGUUGGAGGGAAACCUGUUUUUAUUCCACACUCCAUCACACAAGAAAAAUUGGAAAAAAAACUGGAGCAAGCAUUCAGCGUUAUUAAAUUUUCAAAUGAACUCUCGUCAAAUUGUGAAGGGUAUGCAAGACCAUCGCUCUGUUAUUCUGUGUUUCCCAUAUGUCGUGCACUGCCGAGCCACGAAAGUCCUAAAAAUGCUGAAGUCAGUAACCAAAUUCUCUAUCUGCUAAAUCCCAAUCAAAAAGAAUCGGGAGACAAAUCUGAGGAAGAAGUCAAUAUUGACGAAUUAGCAAGGCCUCACCGUUUUAUUCAAAAAAGUUCAAAUUUUGGUACUGUUUAUGAAUUUCAAAAUGAUGAAGGAGGUGGCUUGCUUAAACAAAGAACAAUAACUUACAACAUUUCAAGAAUAUCCAUUAAAAACAAGAUGAACAAAAGAUUACGAAGAAUUUGCCGUGAAGAAUGUGAAAUGUUAGAAAAUGAAUUAUGUCGCAAAGAAUAUGCGAUUGCAAAGCGACAUCCACAAAUUGGACAACAAGUGCCACUGGUGGAUUGUGCAGAUUUACCGUUGAACAGCACCGAAGAAGCUGCAGACUGCUUGUCCCUUGGGAUUUCAACUGAAAUUAACGUGCAGAAAGACGAUCGUUGUUACUGGGGAAGCGGUCAGUCGUAUCGUGGUGCAAUCAAAACCAGCAAUGAAGGUCGCACUUGUCUACGGUGGUCAGAUCAAUUUAAUCUUCAAAUAUCAGACUAUCCUGAACUAGCCGGUCGGCAUUCUUACUGCCGAAAUCCAGGUGGAAAAGAACUAAAUCCAUGGUGUUAUGUUGAGGUGAAUGAACGGACGCAAACUGAGUUUUGUGACAUUCCUAAAUGUGUUGAAAAUGUAUGGAUUUAUACAGUUGUUGGAUUUAUGUUAACCGGAGUGCUUGCCGCAUUAAUUUUUUGCUACUACGGUUGCUACACAAUCAGAAAAUCAAGAAAGCAAGCAAAUCAUUUACCAUCAAAUAAGUUGUUAACUAACGGACACUGCGAGAAGAAUAUUGAUGACUUUCAACGAAACACAACCAAUUCAAUGGAAAUGAGCUUACUUUUAAGAGGAUCAGGGAGUACAAUUAAGGGAACUGGUGCAUUAUGUAGUGGAAGUAAUCGAUCCUCUACCAAUCGGGUACCUCAAUAUUCACUUCACCAUAUUGAAUUUGUACAGGAACUCGGAGAAGGAGCAUUUGGAAAAGUUUACAAGGGUGAGUUGCAGACAGAAGACUCGGAAAACCCUAUUUAUGUAGCGAUAAAGACUUUAAAGGAAAAUGCUAGCCUGAAAACUCAAAAUGAUUUCAGAAGGGAAGUUUGUCUCAUGACAGAUCUCAGGCAUCCAAACAUUAUAUGCUUAUUGGGAGUUUUAUUACAAGGAGAACCUAUGUGCAUGCUUUUUGAGUACAUGACGCAAGGAGAUUUACAUCAAUUCCUUGUUGGUCACUCACCAAAAUCGGAUGUGUCUCCUAAUAAUGAAAGUAGUAAAAUCCUCGAACCACCUGAUUUGUUGCACAUUGCUCUUCAAAUUGCAUCAGGCAUGGAAUAUCUUUCUAGCAAUCAUUACAUCCAUCGUGAUCUGGCAGCUAGAAACUCUUUAGUUGGAGACAACUUAAUAGUAAAAAUUUCAGAUUUUGGUCUAUCGCGAGAUAUAUACAGCAGUGAUUACUAUAGAGUACAAUCUAAGAGUUUACUGCCAGUUCGAUGGAUGCCACCAGAAUCGAUUCUGUAUGGAAAAUUCACAACAGAAUCGGACGUUUGGAGUUUUGGAGUCGUUUUGUGGGAGAUUUACAGUUACGGAUUACAGUAUUUGAGAAGUUGGAGGCUCCGCAAGCUACGAUCAUGGUUCCUUAAAGUACCCAAUUCCGGCGCAACCGGAACGUGUACAUCGUCCACUUCUGACGGACCAGAUGAAGUGAUGCCAGAACAACAGCCUUUUCAUAUGGAUCGUGAUGGAAUGGGGUUGAUGCUGGCAAGCCAGGAUUUUUUUUAGUUGACUAAGAAAUAAAGCUUUUAUACCUCCAAGACAGCCGAUUAUGAGAACCACGAGUUGGAAUUUGUAGCCUAGGUGCAGCCUGCUCAGCUCGAAAAAAAGAACUUGAUAUUUCGCCUGUUUUUUCUUCUUUGUCGUGAUAUUACCAUCAGCUGGUGCCGAGAAUUCAAUCACGUAAAUUAUCUUGGUCUUCAGAUCUUGGAGGAAAAUAUCAGGCUUUGCAGCACUGAUGCGUUGAGUGGCGAGAAAUGACAAAUCCCAUCAAGUCUGACACUGAUUAUUCUUCGCAACGGACUCAAGCUCUUCCUGGGCAUAUGGCAAGACGAAAUAAAUGCGGUUUUAAUUGGACACUGAAGAUGUGCAAUACGACUGCGAGUUUUACUCAGGCGUACUGAAGUUUCAUUACUUCUAUUGUCACUAAGCAGGGAGACUGCCUUCUCGUAAACUACACAGUUCAGAUUCUAGAGAGCAACAUCUUCAGAGAUCAACUCAGAGAGAGAGAGAGCAGUAUUAGCUUCAGCUAAUUUGUCUAUCCUAUGAAAGACUUUUUGGUGGAUUUUUAUCUCCUAGUUUUCAUGUUAGCAUUGUCGGCUAUGUUUAAACGUAGUCUUGCUAAAACGGGCGGCAUGUUCGCUGGAG